UAUACUAUUUAAUAUAUAGUAAUAUUACAAUAUAUACUAAAGAGUUAUAACUUGUAAUUAGUAUUUACUAAAUACAGAUUUGAAAUUACGAAGACUUUAAUCACAGAACAAGCUACAAUUGCAAUCAGCAGAAAUAACUACUAAAUAUUAAUUACCAAUGGCUACUGAUGUAACUGUGAAAAACGUAGAUAAUGCGUGUGAAACUGCAGAAGAAUUCACAAAACUAUUUUACAAACAACUUGAUAAUAGUAGACAUCUGACCUCAAAGUUAUAUCUUGACACUGGUUUGUUAGUUUGGAACGGCAAUGGAAUAACGGGAAGUUCUAAAAUACAGAAAUUUUUAAUGGAUUUACCAGCUAGCAAUCAUUGCGUUAAGACUUUGGACGCUCAGCCUAUUUCUGAAAGUUUUAGUCAAAACAACUUGACGUAUCUUAUUCAGGCAUGUGGUGAUGUUACAUAUCAGAAUGAUGAUGUCCACAAACCGUUUCAACAGACAUUUCUAAUUGUAGCAGUAGAAGGAAAAUGGAAGAUUGCAUCUGAUUGCUACAGGCUACAAGUACCUUACAAUAGCUGAAAGAUUGGUUAAGUUUUGGAUAAUUAUUUAUAAUAACUAAGAAGUCAAUAAAUAAGUUUUUAUUAUAAA